AUGACCUUCGACACACAGCUGAUGUGCAGCUUGAUAGGGCUACUGCUGCUGUUGUUGCCCAGCCACGCCCACUACAUACAAAUCGAUCACGAAGAGUUUCGGGCCAGUGGCUAUCCCCAUCCACCGCCGCCGCCAGCUGCACUGACGCCGCUGGAACUGGAGCGCCUGCCGCAUGUGCUGGCCAAGCAACUGACCCCAGCCGAGGUGAUGGUCGAUCUGACCAACGAUCUAACCCAUCGGCUACUCCACUAUCACUCCAUACUCAAUCGGAAUAACUUCGCAUUCUCGCCCACGGCGCUGGUCAGCGUGCUGGUGGCGCUGUACGAGGGCUCCUCCGCCAGAAGCGCCACAGAGCUGCGCAAUGUGCUGCAAUUGCCCGGCAAUCGUGACGUCAUACGCGUCGGCUACCGUGACAUUCACCGACGACUGCGGACCUACUUCUUCGGCUCCGAUAACCCCUUGAAGGGGCUCAGCCUAAGCCGGGGCAAUAUAACAGUGCUGAAGGACUUCGAGACGGUGCUCAUGUUUUAUGGCUACGAUCUGAGCGUUGACAUGACUUCGCCGACGCCAGCAAAUAUAACAAUGGCCAUGACCAAUGCCACUAUGUCGAGCAAUGCCACGGCUGAGGAGACAAGCACGCCCCAGGGUACGGACACAACAACAGCCACAGAGCUGUCCAUUAGCACCACCACUGAGUUGAUCGACACCACAACCAUACCAACGACAACAACAACCACAACUGAGGAGACAACAACCACAACAGCAGAAGCUGAAACAACAACAGCUGAAGCUGCUACUGAAGCUGCUACUGAAGCCGCCACCUCAGCUGAGGCAGCUGAAGCAGCCGCUGGCGAUGAUGAGGCAGCCGAGCUGGUCUCCGCCUUUGUCGCCGAGGAGGAUGCCGAACCCUUUCUGCGCAUACAAAAGGCUCGCGUCUCGCGUCUGCCCACCAGUAAGCUGCAGGCGCCGCUCAAGCAUUCCAAUCCCAUAACGCCUAAGCCCAGUUAUUUGCCCAGCGCUCGCAUUGCCGUUAUGCCCAUGAUGGCCCGCCAAAUGGCAGCGCCCACGCACAGGCAGAGCAACUAUGGCGCACGCUCAGCUGCGUCCAUGACGUCGCCAAACGCAACUCGCAAAUCGAAUGUGUCUCGGCACAAGCGCCAUGUGCUGGGCUAUAAGGAUCUGGAUGCGAAUCUCUUUGUGGCGCUGUUCAGUCCGCACGCACCGCAUGGUCCACCACACCCACUGCCCAUACCACCGACAGCUGCCUUUGCGCACAUCACAAACGACUUCGAUCCGCACUUCAUCGGCGAUGGAGCAGAUAGCAAAACCAACUAUAAUACGGAUGUGAUUAGCCAUGUGUUUUACCUGGGCAGCCAGCAGGUGGUGCACACCACAUUCAAGGUGUACAAUGCGGUGCUCUACUACAAGUACUUCGAGCACCUGAAGAUGAGCGUGCUGGAGCUGGAGCUGGACACACCAGAGUACAAUUUGAUGAUAUUGCUGCCCGACUACCACAUGGACAUUGUGGCCGCAGCUGCCUCGCUGAAGCUGGGUCCCACGCUGCGUCUGAUGCGCAAGCAGCUGAAACCACGCUGGGUGCAGGCCAUCAUACCCGACUUCAAGCUGCACGGCACCAUGUUCCUGACCAACGAUCUGCAGAAUAUGGGCAUCUGUGAUAUCUUUGAGCCGAAUCGCGCCGACUUUCGACCCAUGACCGACGAGAAGGGCGUCUACGUGCGACACAUUGAGCAAUCGAUCGAUGUCAACAUCCGUACGCAUCCGAUCAAUCAGCUCAAACGCAACACUGGCGCCCAAACGAAGCCCAUUCAGAUUUCUGUUAAUCAUCCGUUUCUGUUUUUCAUCAUCGAUCGCGACUUGGACGUGGCCGUCAUGUCGGGCCGCAUACUCAAUCCGCUCAACGUGCGCAUACAAUAAGCUGUAGGCACUGGAGCACAUCGAAGGUCAGCGGAUUGAACAGCAUUGAAGGCGAAGUUGGGAGCAAUGCUUGCUUCCUGGUGCCAGACUAAUAUACAUACAUCUUCAGUUGUGCAAUUGUAAUGUAAAUAAUGCAAAUGUUUUCUUUUUAUAAAUGAUGCUCACUUUUUUUAAACACAAUAAAUCUAUAUAAAUCUUAUUGUUUUUACUGAUUUGCGGACAGCUUUACUAACAAUGCUGACAGUUUGUUUUUCCUAUUGUUUUAUACAUACAUAAAUACACUCCACUGCUAUUUUAUAGAUACUUGUUAAAUCAAAAUAAAAUAGCAAUUGUAGAAUUUUAUUGUUGGUUCGCUUUUGUAUAUCCGUUAAGUAUGAAAUUUAAAUCGUG